CCCGGAAGCGCUAAUACUUCAAGGCCGGUCAUGCAGACGAUGGAAAUGUGCGCUUGCAUAAGGUGAUAUUUGGUGGAUAGCAAUGAGUGUCCUAAUUGGUGGCGGCAGUGGUUUCAUUGGACGACAUUUAAGCAGGCUUCUUGUAGAAAAUGGCUUCAAAGUCACUGUUGUGUCAAGACAGACUGGCCCGGAUAAAAUCACCUGGAAUGACUUGAGUCGCUAUGGCCUGCCAGAAGGAUGUACAGCCGUUGUCAGCAUGGCGGGGGAAAAUAUUCUCAACCCAAAGAGAAGAUGGACACCUGAAUUCAAGGAGGAGGUUUAUAACAGCCGCAUCUCCACCACCAAAGCACUGUCAUCAGCCAUCUCUGCCGCUAGCAAGGCUCCGGAGGUAUUCGUAUCUAUGUCAGGAGUGGCCUACUACCCACCAAGUCCCACCGCGGAGUACACUGAGGACAGCUCAGGAGGUGACUACGACUUCCUGUCUCGACUGACGACAGACUGGGAGGCGGCUGCCAGACUACCCGACUCCAUCGAUGUCCGACAAGUCACUGUGAGAUCAGGUGUGGUCCUUGGUCGUGAUGGUGGAAUGGUUCAGCAGAUGUUUAUUCCUUUCUUCCUGGGAGUGGGAGGAAGGGUAGGAUCUGGAUCCCAGUGGUUGCCAUGGAUACAUGUUGCUGAUAUUGCUGGGCUGUUUACACAUGGAAUAAUGAAUCCCAGUGUUGAAGGAGUAUUGAAUGGAGUGGCAUCUGAAGCUGCCACCAACAGUGACUUUACCAAAGCCUUUGCCCGGGCCAUGUGGAGGCCAGCCUUGUUCCCAGUGCCUGGUUUCGUCAUGAAUUUUGUAUUUGGGGAAGAAAGAGGCAAGAUAAUUUUGGAGGGGCAGAAAGUGUUGCCCAAAAGGACUUUAGAAAGUGGGUAUAAAUUUGUGUAUCCUGACCUAAAGUCUGCCUGCACAAGCUGUGCACAACUGGUUUAUGUCUAAAUUUGGAUGAUCAUGAGAGUGUCAGUUAACAUGGAUUUCAGAUGCAAGCUUUAAGUAUGUUAUAUAGGUUGUUAGUAAAAAUGUAUUUGUUUCAGAGGAAUUUAAGUUAAAGCUGUAUACUUCAGGUGAUUAAAGAGUAUGUUGUA